AUGGACCUGAUCAUGGGCUACGAAUCAGAGGACUCGUCCGACAGCUCCUCAUCGUCUUCAACAAGUUCGUCAUCGUCUUCAACAAGUUCGUCAUCGUCUUCAACAAGUUCGUCAUCGUCUUCAACAAGUUCGUCAUCUUGUUCAACGUGCUUUUCGUCAACGAGCUCGUCGUCGACGGCAUCGAAUUUGAGCGGGGACACUGUUCAUUUGGACCAUAGUUCGCUAGUGCGAGAAAUUGACGCCAUGGACUCGGUCAGCUGGGAGGCCCCAUUGUUGGCGGGCACCCCCGACAAGGCUGCGCAGUGCAUGAGAGAGGAUGCGGUGCCUGUCCGCGCCCGCGAGCUUUCGUUCGGGACGGACGCGCAGGAUGGCUUCGAAGUGAAGAAUUUCAGUGAGAACUCCCUGGAUAUGCCAGUUUUGGAGUGCUUGAAUAAGACUUUAUUUGCUGAGGAGGAAGUGAUGGCAGACGUGCCGCCCGGGUGGAAGGAUCUAUAG